AGCGAUUCUGAGAACUGAUCCUUCCAUUUUCCCAACGCUAUCACUAUAGCAGUCAUGCCCAAGGUUCUUCUCACUGGAGGCAGUGGCUUCAUUGCUGCUCACAUCAUCGAUAGCCUGUUAGAGCGGGGCUUUGAUACUGUUGUUACGGUCCGGUCUUGUGAGAAAGGCCAGAAAAUCCUUGAUGCUCAUCCCAACACGCCAAAGGGGCAGCUCACCUAUGUCACUGUCGAAGAUGUUGCCUCAGAUGGCGCAUUUGACGAGGCUGUUAAAUCCAACCCGCCCUUCGACUACGUUUUGCACACUGCAUCCCCGUUCCACUUCAACAUCUCGGACCCUGUGAGAGACUUUUUAGACCCAGCUGUGAAGGGUACUACUGGUAUAUUGAAAGCAAUCAAGUCCUAUGCCCCGACCAUCAAACGUGUCGUCAUUACCUCAUCUUUUGCUGCGAUUUUCAAUCACAAGUCGCAUGCUAAGGUGUACAGUGAAGAGAAUUGGAAUCCUGUAACCUGGGAGGAGGCUAUGGAUCCUGCUCAAACGUAUAGAGCAAGCAAGACGUUUGCUGAAAAAGCCGCCUGGGAAUUCGUUGAGAAGGAGAAGCCGAAUUUUGACCUUGUGACAAUCAAUCCGCCUCUUGUGCUCGGCCCUGUUGUUCCCUAUCUGAAUUCUCUAGACGCCAUCAACACCUCUAAUCAGCGGCUCGCCAGCCUGGCCCAAGGAAAAUUCAGAGCUGGUCUGCCUCCCACAGGCACAUUCCUAUGGGUCGAUGUUCAUGAUGUCGCAUUAGCCCAUGUUAGGGCUAUCGAGGUCCCUGAAGCUGGUGGUCAAAGAUUCUUUACCACUGCUGGUUUGUUCUCCAACAAAAAUCUUCUAGAUGUGGUGCGAGAGUCGUUUCCCGAGCUCGAGGACAAGCUACCUUCGAAGGAUACACCUAGUGAUCUGCCGCAGGACGUGUACGGCUAUGACAACAAGAAGUCAAUCGAUGUUUUGGGUAUUCAUUAUCGGCCUUUGAAGGAAACGGUUGUUGAUACUGUCAAGUCAAUACUAAGUGUUUCCGUGUGAAAGUAUGCUAUGACGCACUAGAUACAACUAGCUCCGA